CCGACUAGAAGCAAAUCCGAGCAGCCAUUAGCUGGUCGUGACUUGGAACAUUUUUGAAGGAAAGAAUAGUGCUCUCUCAUCCCAGUUUUCUGCUUCCCGGUUCGGUCGGUACAUCUUAGUUCCGUUUUGUUUUUCGCUGCGGGCUGACGCAACAUUUCGGCACCAGUGGCCAGCGAACGUUUCCCCAUCAUAUAAAAUACGGACAGCAACCGUGCAGCAACACUCACAGUCAGUCGGUGGUGCGCGAGUUAUCCUUUUAUCCAAGUUUUCAAGUGAAGUGCAGCAGUUUUGCUUAGCGGUACCGGGAGAAGUGCAAUUUCGAUACCUCGUUUCCGGUUUAGCCCUUUUUUUGGUGAAAGUUUGCCCAGCAAAACCAGUUCUUCUGACCCAUAUUUCGUUCGUUCGUUCACGAGCGACGCACCCUCCGUUGGUAACCUUGAACGCUUUCAUUCGUUCCGAGAGUACGAAAGUGAAAAGACGGUUUUCGUCGAUUAAGUUUGUGCAGCUGUACGCAAUUCGAACAUUUAACCUUCUUUUGUUCCUUCACUAAGCAAGUGAAAAGUGCUUAAAACAUUCAUCCAAUCCACCAUCACGAUGAGUGAGCUUAUAUCGUUGAAAAUUACCAUCGACAACGAUGCGAACUAUCUGCUGUUUGGCAGCAGAAUUUCCCGCAACCUCGAGGAUCUGAACAUGUUCUGCGUGGAGCGGUGCUCCGAUUUGCUGAAGGGCGGUGGUAGUCUCCGUUACUACUGGAUCGAUUCCGACGGUGAUGAGAUUCGACUCAGUACGGACGAAGACUACCAGAGCUUCCUGCAGGCGAUGGCGACCACCAAGGCUCGGCUGUACGUUGUGAGCAAAAACGCUGGAGCUAACAAUAGCAACGCUCCCAUGGCAACGGACAAGGAUGAGCAGGCCGAGGUCGAAGAUGCGCCGAUGCAAACCACCGAUGCAACUGGUGCCGUUGGAACGCCAUCGCGACCGGUGCACCUGGACGUGGUGUGCGACGUGUGCGACGCAGAUAUCGUGGGUCACCGCUACAAGUGCAUGACGUGUCACGAUUACGACCUGUGCAUGGCAUGUGAGGCGAAGUACCGCCACCGGGAUCACCUGAUGGUGCGCAUCCCGAGGCCGAUAGUGGAGCGCAGCUCCAAGUCGACCAUGCACCGGUUGUUCGAAAAGUUGCGCCUGUAUGCGGUCCGCGUCGUCGACGAGGAGGUGCAGGUGGUACAGGCCGCCAGCGGUGGUACCGGUGGGGCGGACGGUGUUCCAGGGAACACCGCCACCGAGGGUCGCGGCGAAAAACGCACCUCUUCUACACGCAGUGCGCAUCGCAGGAAGCACAGCACCGACGACUACCUGGUGCGCCAGCAGAUUGAAUCGAAAUUGUACCAUAGCGGGCGGAAGGCAAACGCUGCUAGUAGCGGUACAGGAGCAACAGGUGACCGUUGCUCGAAGGAGUCGAAGGAGAAACCGACGCGUACGCCCGUAACGGAAUCGGCCGUCCCUCGGUUCCAUCCGUUCGUGAAAUCUCUCGCGGAGAUGCUGUCCACGUACAUGGACCCGGCGAAUGUGAACGGUUCGGCCACAAGCCCUCCGAAGGCUGGUAGCCCCCCGACGGCGGCAGCAGGGCCAGCUAGCGUGAUAGAUCACGCCGCCUUAGCGAAGGUUGCUGCAGCAGCGGCUGCAUCGGCCGCUGCCAAGGCUACGGAGGCGGCGAACUCAGCCUUUAAUGCCAUGCCUAGGACGGAUGAGCCGAAGACCACCGCUACGCAGCCGCCUCAUCAGAUGUACCAGCAGCUGAGCAAUCAGAUUCAGCAAAUGCAACAGUUGCAGCAGCAACAACAACAGCAGCAGCAGCAAGAACCUCAACAGCAGCAGCAGCAACAACAACCGCAGCAGCAGCAGCAGCCGAUUUUCCCACUUCCGGCAGCAUGCAUACCGUUCGUAAACGUGGGCUGGCCAACCCAAGAGCAUCUGAUGCGUGCGAGCGAGCACGUCUCGAAACUGUUGGAUCCGCUUGGCCUGAAUCUAGAGAUACGCCACAGUUCGACCUCCCCAGCCGGCUCGUCGUGUUCGUCUUCGAAGUCGACGACGCCGCUGGACGGCUCGAAUUGUGGUGGUGAGGCGGUACCUAGCCCGCCCAAGGAGAAGCAUGUGGACCAACCGACUAAAAAGGAGCAAUUGACAACGGCUCCGUCGGGCGGUGCCAGGGCCGCCGAAAACCGGAGCAAUCCGGUUGAAAACAAGGCGGAAAAGGAGCCACUCGUAGCUUUGACCGUUGCGCCUGGCGAUGACAAGGCGCCACCGAAGAAGCUUGAACCGGCUGUUCUGCUUGACACGGAUGCCGUAGCCCUUGGUCCGAAGGGUGCAUCGAUUGACGUGGCGACGGUCGAGGCUGACGACGAUAACCACUCGCAGAACUCAUCCUCCGCAUCGCUGCUGACCGACGACGAUCAGGAUCUGUUGGACGUGGCGGAGGUGGUGGAGAAAGAGGCACCACCUGCCACGUCGGCGAAGGCCACAGCGAAGAACGAGAAAGCUUGGACGCUGAUCGAUCUGCCGGAGGACAACGACGCCGAGGACAAUGCGUCGAAUGUACCGCUGAACGCGAUCGCGAAGCUGCUCGGUCAUGAUCUUCCGCUGGAGCCGAAACCGACGGUGGCACAGAAGGAGAAGAAAAGGGACAAGACGUCCAAUGGCGCCGGCAGCGCAGUAGAGAAGCCGAAGCCGGAACUGCUGAAGACGGCGUCCUCGAUCGACGAGGUGGAGUACGACAACCUGCACCGCAUGAUCGCCAAACACAUGGAGGAGAGUCGUGCGGCGGACGAGGCGCGUGUUCAGCAGACCCGCGAGAAGAAACAGUCGUCGGCAUCGUCAUCCGGCCGCGGCGGGGGUAGUAGUAGUAAGCCGUCGCGCAAAUCGAGCGGUUCGUCCUCGCACCAGAAGGACACGACGGUGUACAGCCACCGGCCGCACGUAAAUCACGCGAUCCACACGAUGAUGACCAUGGGCUUCAGCAACUGUAACGGGUGGCUAACGCAACUGCUCGAGUCGCUCAACGGGGACAUCCCGAAGGCACUCGAUCUACUGCUGCAGCACCGUCAGUAAAUGCGCCGGGACGCGCGCGCGUAUUUUAGCAACACUUUUUAUAUACCUGAUAUACAACAAAAAAACACAAGCAACCUCAUUCUAAAGAUGAUUCUCCAUAAGAAAGUGGUAUCUACUGUCGUUUGUGUAGUAGGUUAGUGGAUAGAUGUAUGGACCCAACAACAUCCAUACGAAGUAUGCAGACAUCAUUUUCCAUAAGAUGAGGUGUGAACUAUUAUAACUCGAUGAUCCCGCUCGCAAUCCCCUUUCCUAAAAAAAACAUUGAUGUUAUACUGCCGCAAUGUGGCUUAGAGACAAUUGCUUGCAUUGCGCUUGAAGAAACCUAUAACAUGUUCUUAGUAAUCCAGGGUGCACUAGAAUUAAGAAUAAUACAUCCCAUGGUCACAUAAAUGUUUUGUCACGGUAGAAGGCUCGUAUUUAGAACGAUAAUAAAAACAAAAGUUGUAUCCGGUUAGAACCGGAUCGGCACCAAAAAACAAACCGCUUGCAAAAAUGCACUCUCGAAAGAAAGGGGGGAUUUUUCCGCACAUUGAGGACAAGCUUAUCCGGGAGUUAUCC